AUAAUCAAAUUGGGCAGCUAUUGUAUGAAGCGUAUAGCAAAAGAAUCCAAUGAAUAUUAUUUCCCGUCCUAUAUUCGUGAAUUCGUUUCGUGUCCAUCGGUCCCAAAUUGGUUUUUGCAAAAAUCUUCGCUAACGUUCGUAGGACCCCCAGCAGCAUGUCGUCGUCUAGAUCGAAGACCGUGUGUGAAAUAUGCGGCGAGUCGUUUCUCACAGAAAACAAACUGUCCAACCACAUAACAGAGCGACACGUACAUUCGUCGACGAACCCGUCGUCCAGUGUCUGCUCGUCGUCGAAACGUCGAAAAUUGGACACCGACACCGACGUGCGGUGCCCGCUGUGCGAUUACGUUGAUUUGGACACCGACCGUUUGCAGCAACACGUUAACCGAAUGCAUUUCGACCCUGGCAGUCCUCGUAGACUCACCACCGUGGACUUCCCAUGUCCGAUAUGCCCGCUAGCUUUCGAUCAGUGCGAUCAUCUCGAGACUCACAUUAACGAAGAACACCACGAUAUCGUCAACCCACAAUUGGAUUCCGAUAGUCAAAGAAUACCGUUGUUGGAAAAUAUCAACGAAGGUUGUGUCAUAUGUGGAAUGAAAAACUUUGACAGUUUAAGAGACUUGGAUGCACAUAUCGAACAACAUUAUCGAGAUUCUUCACCACCUUCUGAUCAUUUGCCUGAUCAAGAUCAGUUGUUAGCCAAGCAACUUGAAAAGCAAGAACGUGAACGUAUGAAGCAGAAAGAAAAAGAAGAUUUUCAAAAACUUCAAGCCGCUUAUGGUAUGGACAAUAAAGGCAAUUACAAUCAACAGACUAUGACUAAUUUACAAGAAGCCGUCUCUAGCGGUCAAAUGUCUGUCUACGAUUACUAUGAGAAAAUAUAUGAAAUAAAAAUGGCCGAAAGCAAAGGGCUCGAUACAGGUGCUUCUGCUACCAGAGAUUUAAUUGAGUACAUUCGUCACUUCAGUAUGGCAUCUCCAAACGUAACUGAAGUUCACUUGGCAUCUCCGACUGACCAUUAUAGAUCAACAUACGGAGACAAAGGCUGGGGAUGCGGCUACAGAAACAUGCAAAUGUUGAUGUCUAGUAUGUUGUUACAACUAGAUUACAACGAACACAUUUCACGUAUUUGGGAAGUGGAGAAAGGGCCUCUACCGCGUUCAUGGAUGCCUUCUAUAUCGAGAUUGCAGCAACACUUGGAAAAAUCGUGGAGCAUGGGAAUCGAUGAACCAGGUAGAGAGCAACUGGGAGGUACCGUUUAUAAUACAAAAAAAUGGAUUGGUGCUACAGAAGUCGUCACUAUGCUUACGGCUCUGAAAAUAAAGUCACAAAUAGUGGAUUUCCAUAAGCCAACUGGACCCAAAAAUACCCAUCCAGAAAUGUUCAGAUGGCUCUACAGACAUUUCAACGAUCGAAACAAAAAAUUUAUACCUCCAGUAUACAUACAACACGAUGGUCACAGUCGGACUGUUGUUGGCGUUGAAAAACUGUCGGAUGGUACAAUUUUGUUACUGGUGUUGGAUCCUAGUGGCCAUUAUGAUAAAUUAAGGACAGAAAGCGGAAUGAAUACAAUGGCUCACAUACGGAAAUCUUUACAAACAUUUAAAUCCAAGCAAUAUCAGCUCGUCACGGUCCGAGGAAUAAUGACCAACGAUUCAGAAUUUGAAAAUGGCAAAACCAUAAUAUCCGAUCGCGUUCCAUAAAAAUAAAGGAAGAUUAAAAAAAUAUAUAUUAAUGACUGUUGAUUAAAACAAUUUAUUAUAAUAAUACUUUUUAAUUGCUUAUUUAGUUUAUCUUAACUUUCUGUUAUUAUUUUGUACAUAAAUGUUGAACACUGUUACAUAUAAUAUGGACAUAGUGUAUGCAUGUGCUUCAAUAAAGUUUGGCUUAUAUGUCAUUAUUUAAGGAGUUACCGCAGACUCUAUAGCGUUUAUAAUAUUUAAAAAAAACACUCAUAAUUUAUAAUAUACUAAAUAGUGAUUUUAUUUAAAUACUGUUCAUACUUCCACAAAUAUUGUUGUAGUAAUUUAAAAAAUGUCUAAAAACAUAUUAUUAAAAAAAAAAAAAAUACUUAUAUUAUGUAAAAAUAAAUAAUAUAUUAUACAUAUUGUAAAUGUAUAUCAAACAGACUAGAAGUAUAGUAAUUACAUCAUAAGGAAGGAUUCAUAUAUUAAAGCCCAUUUUUCUCAUACAUUCCUUAUGUGCUUCGAUUAAAUGCUGGCAGUUUUCUUCUCCGUUUUCCAUAAUACUGUAAAAAAAAUAUUAAUAUAUAUUAUCUAUACCUAUCGUUUUUAAUAACAUUAAAAUAUUAUAGUAGCGACUAGUUAAGUGAAAAAUGUAAAUAGAGUAUUUGUACAUAGAAGUAU